ACUAACUUGUUAACUGCUCCCAAGAAAUCAUCAUCAUCAUCAUCAUGGUUGCAUUGUUCUCCCCUCCUGUAUUCUCAGCUAUGGAGUGGCUCUUAGAGGAGGAGCCAUUGAGCUACAACGAGAGGUACUUGUACAAAGAUGAUGCGUCCUCGGAAUUUUGUUCAGCACUUGAGGCACAGGUUGAGAUUGGACCAUCAUCCCCUGACCCUGCCAUGGUCAAGAAGCUUAGCCACAAUGCUAGUGAACGUGAUCGCCGCAAGAAGGUCAAUCACUUGGUUUCUUCACUUCGUUCACUUCUUCCACUCGCAGAUCAAACGAAAAAAAUGAGCAUUCCAGCGACAGUUUCACGAGUCUUAAAAUACAUACCUGAGUUACAACAGCAAGUGCAAGGACUAACAAAGAAAAAAGAAGAGCUUCUGCGCAGAAUUUCUCGGCAAUUGCAAGGAGAAGCAGUGAACAAAGAAUCUCAAAGGAAGGUUAAUUCUGCUUUUGUUGUUUCAACAAGUAGGCUCAAUGAUUGUGAAGCUGUUGUUCACAUUUCCUCUUAUGAGGUUCACAAGGCUCCACUAUCCGAAAUCUUGCACUGUUUAGAAAAUAAUGGCCUCUCUCUACUCAAUGCUUCUUCCUCUGAAACCUUUGGAGGGAGGGUCUUCUACAACUUGCAUUUCCAGGUGGAAAAAACUCAUAGAUUAGAGCCCGAGAUUCUAACUGAGAAGCUUUUGUCAAUAUAUGAGAAGCAAAGGAUUUUCUGAUCGAACUAAAGUUGGCACUAAUUAAUUGUGAUGAUCAAACGAUCUUCAAUGCUUCUGAUGUUAAAUUUGACACUUAAAUAUAUCUGUACAUAUUUGGCAUAUGUACGGAUAGAAAGAUCAGAAAGGAGUAAUCACAUGCCCCUUAUAUAUGGUUUGGUAAAAAAGCAACUGGUAGGAAAGUGCAUGCACUUUAGGAUUUAAGGAAUAUGAUUGAAUGUUUUGUGUAAACAUAAAUGUUAUACUCAGCCUUGCCAAGCAAAUGUUCUAUGUGUCUCUUUCCUUUUAUUACGAAAAGAACGCGGAUGGUUAUAGAGUUUAAUUUUAGGUUUGUUAAA